ACCUCCUCAAGACCGACAAAUUCUCUACUAUCUAUAUAUAGGUUUAGAACUAUCAAUUACCAAAACAAACCUAACGCUUCACGGCGAAGCGACAAACACAAGUCUUAACAGACGCGCCUUUUAUCUGCCUUUCGUUCCACCAGCAUAUCCAAUCAAGACAAAUGAUCAUCAUUCGGUUUCCACGGGUUAAGCGUACUUCCUACUAAUUGAAGGCCGAAUCCUCGGAAGUGGGUUUACAUACACGAUUUUUGCACUUCAUGCAUGCUUUUAGACUAGUAUAAAAUAGUAUAGUGGCUGGAUAGGGUGUCAUUAUUGAACUAUCCUUCGCUAGUUUCAAUUACAGUGAUUUAAAUCAAGUAACAAUGGUUAAAGGCGUUAUUUUCUGGAUGGCAGCUGCGGUGUUGUGUGCGGCGAGUGCUUCUUCCCUGAGCGCAGACCAGCAGGCUAUCAUCCAGUCGAAGCUCCUGACCAGCGGCCUGUCCUGCAUCAAGGACCACCCUCUGACAAUAGCGGAGAUUAAGGUCUUGAAAGACAAGAUGCUGCCAGAUGGGAAGAACGCUAAGUGCUUCUCUGCCUGUUUGUUCAAGAAGAUCGGUGUUAUGGACGACAUGGGCAAAUUCAACCCGGAUGGCGUAAGGAAGAACGCGCAGCAACUGUUCAAAAACGACGACGAGCACUUGAUGAAAGUAGAAGAAGUCAUUACAGAGUGCUCUGCCGUGAAUGACGCCUCAACGUCCGACGGUAACAUGGGUUGUGAUCGAGCGAAGUUAGUUUUUGACUGCUUAACUGGUUAUGCGGAUAAAUUCGGCUUCAACAUCAAUUUCUGAAAGACAUUGAAGAUCAUGGAUACUUUUAGUUUUACGUCCACAUAAAAUGAUUGGCUGUAGAAGUUAUUGUCAUGACAGAUAUUAAU